AUGGAGAACAGCAUCAGUGAACGGCACCACGUUUUGGCCUGUGCGACGACGUUGCACGUCACACUCCUCACAAGCCACUACGCUGAGGCACCCCAGAGGGACGAUGCCGCGGCGGCCAGCAGUAACAACGCCGCCUCCGGGCACCGACGUGAGGCGCCACCGAGCAUCAAAGCGAACAACAGCACGAAUACAAAAGUUGCCGGAAGUGAAAAAGUCGAAGUCUACAGCUGCAGCACAGCGGUGGAGCAACUGGACACGGUGGCCCGUGUGCUGUGCACCAUCCUGCGGCAGCAGAGCUCCGCCAGCGAAGGCGGGGCAGCGGACGCGGCACGGCGCAUCCAAAUGGCAAAGGCCGUACGAGACAAUGCCGUACCGUGGUUCGAAGUCGCGGCUGCAGCUGCAGCCGUGCAAGGGGAUCAUCCACACGACCACCGUUUGCCCCCUCACUCUUUGGACAACGCCGGUGACAGCUACCUAAGCCUGGCUCCAGCGCUGUCUCUCACGACGCCAUCCUCGUAUGCCGCGGGAGCGACGGAGGGUGGUGCUCAACGCUCAGCAGGCAGCGAUGACCGCAGAAACUCACCGCAGCAACAGCACCCCAGCUCCGGCAGACUCUCGUCCUCGCGCAGCUCCAUGCGCUCCUCGUCGGUGCUCUCGGGGAUGCAGCGCCACAUGAGUGAAAUGGAGCGGGAGACGCGUCAGCUCUAUCUAGCUAAAGAACUGCCACCCUGUGAGCUGGUCAUGAUUCCAGGUGAGACUCCAGUGUCCGCUCCCUCGUACGUCAUUUUUGUGUACCGCUUGGCUCAUGAGGAGGAUGUGCUCGCCGAGCUUUCGGCCCUUUCUGCGGAAGAGCAGAGCAGCAGCGCAGAGAAGACGGAUGCACCCGCAGCGGACAGCGUCGAGCCCUCUGGCAAGGAGAAGCGCGACACGUGCGUCUUUCAGGCUGCCGCGACUGUCACACGCGCCCUUUGGAACACCAUUCGGCCGAUCCUGCGGGACCACCUGCAUGCCACCAACAGCAGCGUUGCUCCGGCUCACGUACCUGUUGUGUGGGCCAUGGCAGAUCCGCGAAUGUUGAGCGGCUUUCUUCCCUACACCUCCAACGACACGGACCACAUUUUAUCGCCGUACGCCUGCCCCGUUCCUGUGAGCCCUUCAUCCAUGCGCAGCCCUGAUGAGGCAGCCGCCGUGGAACGCUGGGUGCGGCUGGUGCCACGCACAGCUUUCUAUCUCUAUGACCCCUCGGCCACCAGCGCUGCUGUGCAAGACACGCUCGGUGUGUUGCAAGCUCACCUGGCAAAAUGGACGUUCUCACGAGCGAGCUCUCCGAGGGGAUCCCGUCCGUUCAGCGGCGGAAACACGAAGAAGCCGAUGCCACCGUCGCGCGGUGGCGCCAGUGCGAAAACGGGGGCAGCGCCGAAAGCAAAUCGUGCGAGCGGGCCGGCGCCCAGCGGACCGCGAGGUUCUAAGAGCCGCAACGGGCGAGGGGCAGCCGGGGCAGCAGGCGCCGCAGCAGUGAAUGCGUCGGCACUCGCGCCAUCUGCACCACAUCAAACGUCGCUACAGUCUCGACAGCUGAAUAUGGGAAUCGACCUGCAGGCGACACCGGCUGAGUUCCCGUACUGCACUACCAACCCUCGCUCCCUCGCGUAUUACCUCUACUCGAGAGGCGCAGCAUCACCACCACCACCACCACAGGUCGCAGCGCUGGCAGCCCCCUCGCCGUCGCCAGCAGGCCUCGAGGGAGAGCUGACGUCGUAUCUGAGCAAGAUGGCCGCCUUUCAACAGGCAGUGAUGACUGCGUCGGAGGCGGAUAUGGCGGGAUCGGCAAUGGAAGGAGCGUUUGAGCGGAUGUGGUAUGCGCACGCGCCCCUGCUGCGGUGGGUGCACGCGUACCUGAGCAAUUCAGCCGCCGUGCUCUCGACUAGUAGCUUAGCGGCGGAGCAGGAAAGCAGCUACGCCGACGGCGCUCCUCGAACGGGGCACCAGCUCCCCUCUGCCGCAUUUGAGAAGGUUGUUCACCUGUCGCUAUCCCGACUUUUGCCUGACGAUUCCAGGUGGCCCCUGCCUCUGUGGAAAGUUGCAGCGUUGCCCAUCGCACCAGUGCCUCCCUUGACGCUGCGCUGCAGCGGACGGGAUGAUGCUGCCACGUCGACAAGCGUCGCGACGGAUAGCAUCGUGCAGUGGGCGACUGCUGUGCUGUCGGUUGUGGUCGAUUGUGGGAAGACUGCGGGUGGCGCAGAGGGGAACAGCAAGGCACCACUGAUGCCGCUGCUGAGCCGCCUCGUGCGCCUCAUCGAUGCAUACAACGAAUGGUCUUUGAAUAAAAGCCUGGCCCCGGUGCGAGGCGCCAGUAGCGACGGCCACAUCGGCACACGCGGCGCGGCCGCAGAGAAGGCAGCAGGUGACCACUCCGUGUAUGCGUCGACGACUGUGCAGCGGCCAAUCGCAUCGGCGUGUUGCACGGGUGGCGUCUUCAACAUCAUGAGCGCCGUGUGUGCGUGGAUGGCCACAGUGAGCGAGUCACUUCUUCUCCAAGAGCCCUCGUGUGAGUUGAAGGCUUUGUGUGCGACGGCAGAGUCGCCGGUGUCGCGCAGCGCGGGAGGCCAUCUCGUCCGCAACACCGUAACCGCCAUGGCAAUCCCGCCCUCCGGACUGUUCCGACGGUAUGCGCAGCCAUUUCAGAAGCUGUCGGUGCCGAGUAGCGGAGACGCAAAGGCCCUCAUGAACACUGGGACUCUGGCGGCCAUCGUUCCCCGACUUCCCAAGACUACAGAAACACGGAUCAGUGAUGCAGUGGCAGCGGCAGCGCAAAGGGGGAAGCGGUGCGCUGUGACAGCGUCAGCGCGUAUUCACCACCAAAACGCGAAUGUGGUGCUGCCGCCUUACCCUCAAGAAGUGUCGUGGAUGAUUCGGCACGUCAUCGCCAAGAACGCGGGACAUUUCGAGGUGAACGUUGCCCGCGGCACCGACACUGUCACUCCCACGGCGCCCCGCAUGGGGUUGCCACCUUCAAUGCUCGACCUGGCAACGGGGGGCUCCUCCUCGCUCGCAACGCGCCAGAGCACAAUGGCCACGAUGACCAUCACGACACCGAGCACCGGGCUCCUUCUUCAGCAGCAGCGGCGCCGGCUGCGCUGGCAGACGUCUGGCGUCGCAACGAAGCUUCAGCCCUACUCGCAGGGUGUACAUCUCAUAAAGGAGAUGGCGCGCAAUCUUCUUGGUCGUCGCCCGCUGGCUGAGGCGACAGUGACACUACAGGAGGUGCUAGAGUCAACGCUGGCUGCCCCGCUAUGUGAGGUAGCCGCCGGAGAAGGACGCGGUGGAAGCGUGUUGGCACCGUCGCAUCAGAGCCGGAAACAGCACCGUGGAGGGUCAGCCGACUGUAACACUGCUGCCACGGAGCAGGUUAGCGCGCUGGACCUACUACAGCGCUACUUGGUCUCCGUGGACCCGAUGCAUGCGCGCCUGGAAACCAAGUCGAAGCCAGUGGCGCUGCAGCGCCUCGCGCUGUUGCCGGAGCUCCACCACAGCAAGGAUAAAGACGAAGUUGAAAUGCUGGCGACACGAGCGGCGGCGGAGAACCUCAUGCCCCGCAUUCACGAGCACAUGCUUCAGCAGGCAUUCCUGUAUCAGCUACUGCGAGAGACCAAGUUAGAGUCGAUGCGCCAUUCAGCCUCGCUGCCCAGCCAUGGUCACACCUCCGCCGCGGCAAGGGAGGAAGUUGUCUGCGCGGACGACGACUGGAGCGUGACACAGCAGCUGCCAGUGCAGGCCAUCGCGGCGUCCAUUGUCGACUUUCAGGAGCGUUUUGGUGCCCACAACGUUGCGCGGCACUCCUGCGCCCUUCACUACCGUCCCCUCCGGUCACCAACCGCGACCGCGGCCGGUAGUGCCGGCAGAGGUAUCGACCCAGCUGCGUCAUCUGAGGAAGACAGAGAUAGUGAGGUGCACCGCACGUCUGCCUACGCGCACAACGCCCUCAACGUGCACCCGACCCGAAGAGUGACACACAUGUGGGUUGCCGGGGUGGCAGUGCCGGAUGUGCAGAUGGCAGAGUACAUCAAGAAAGGGAGAGGGCCGAAGUCCGACGCGAAGGCGCGCCAGAGCAGCCACCCCUCGCUGGGACAGCGGCGUUCGCGUAGGUGGGUGGACAUGGUCCCCCGCGCGGGGACUGUGACAUCGGUGGAAGUCUACGCACUGUGGCAGUCGCUGCUACAGCAGCAGCAAGGCAGUGACGCGACGACACGGCUGCGCGUGGGGCCGGCGGAGUUGACGAUGCGUGCAAUGCGCGACCUUAUCUCCCAGUACGUGCAGCGACACGCCGAGGUGUCGACGUCACUUGUCGGCGCGAGUGGCAUGCCCGCGACGCCUUCUGAAAGUGCAAUGGCUACAGAGAGUUCCCCGAUGCGCUUCGAUACUCACGAGACCCUCUAUCCGUAUGGCGAUGCGGUGUUGGAGGUGUGGGUGAGUGAGGCGCAGCGUCUGUGCCGCUACAUUAAGGCCACCGAAGUCAUCGCUACUCUGCACGCGACGCCGUCGAGCACGAAAGUCAACAACGUGCACCUGACCGUUCACUGGGAUGACGGACUUCUUCUCACGUGCGCAAGCGGCAGCGGCAGACAAGAUUGCAGCGGUAUGGUUCCGCCCAUCGAUUUAACGCUUACCACCUGCAAUGCGGUCUUUCAGUGGCGCGAAGGUGAAUCACGUAUCCGCCUUCGCCGCUACCCAAACACCUCAUCCAGCACCACGGCGGCCGCCGGGGUGUCACUGAAGGAACUGAGCGGGCAGCAGACAGCGACCUUGCCGCAAGGUGGUGUCAUGGAGACGUGCGCAGCCCUCCUCGAGGAGCGCGUCACCCUCUAUUGCGUCCACCACUGCCCAACAGAAUUCACCGCAGCAACAUCGGUGAAGCUGGAAGCGUCGUCCGAAAAGGAGACGAGCUGCGAGGUCGACGAGCGCACCGGCGUGGUGCAACGCUUCUACGAAUCGGGGAUGCAGCAGUUGUUGUUUCCUAGCGGUGCAAUCAUGGUACGGCGGCCGCUGACACCGGUCGUGGCGAAGUCAUCGCCGCCCAAGUCGACCGCGCAGUAUUAUGACACCUUGGUGACGCUGGACGGUCGAUGCUUCGUGCGCAACGGCAGUAGCAGCGGAGACACCUCUGCGAGCGCACCCCUUGCCGGCUCGAAGACGGUUCACCCCAGCGCGUUUCAGCGCGUACAGGUGCGCAUCGCGCGUGCUAACUCCCAAGGCAUGAAGAGCGGCACUAGCGCCCGUGACGCGCAGGCCCCGCCCUUCAUGCACACCGAGAUCACCUACGAUGCGGCGCACCACUGCCAUAUGCGCUCCCGCCAAGACGGCUUGACGGUGGCAGAGUACGAGUCUUUGGCCCCCUACGCGGACACCGACACCAAACAGAACGGCGCCCGCGCGGGCGCCGUGGUUGCCCGGGUCGUCGUGUUUCCAGACGGCACCACCAUCACGACAGUGGCGCCGCGCGAAUCGCGGCGGCGCGCGCUCGUGUGCCGCCCCGAUGGCACUUCCGUGUCAGCGUCGAUCUCCUCCCUGACCUUGUGCGCGCUGCUGGAAGAGCUGCAGGCGGUGGAGGACAGCCUUUUCGGGGCGGCGGCUGACGGAGCAGAGCUCUCCGUGCGGUGGUGCGUGGAAGCGUCGACCAUGCCUCGAGUGUAUCUUGCGCCCGCUCCGGUGGGGGGCAGCGAAGAAACGGGGGAGUGCAAGGCCCCCUUUGCUGCCGUCUUCGGUGAUGGCACGGUCUUGCAGCGGCGAUGGGUGGCCGCGCCGACGCUUCCAGCCGCGUUCUCCGCCGUAGGCACCGAGGUAAACGCGAGCGAGGAUGAAGGUUUGGAGGGUGGGGAGGUCGGGGAAGGCGGCGCGAAUAGCGCCCCCGCGUACCGCGGGGGUACGUUUGAAACCGUACUGGCACGCCCCUCGACUAGCGCCGUGCGCAUCCUUCAUCAGCACGCCAUUGCCACGAUUGAGCCCGCUGAUGUCCUCGCCACCAUCACGCAUGCCUCUCCUGCUGCGUACGCGGUGGGGCAGGGACUGCUGUUCUUUGAUCUAGCUUGCGGCGGUGGCAUGCGCAUGGUGGACGGGGCGCGCUGCGUUUGGGAGGUGCGCGGGUUGGCGGAAACCAAGGACGGACCGCAGGUGCUACACCCGGAACGCCCAAGUACAUACGAGGAGUUGCUACAGGCCCUGGUGAGUCCCCACUACAGCCCUCAUCGUCUGCCCCGGGCGGCGCAGCUGAUGUAUGCGCGCGAGCAACGGCGAGAGACAGCAGCGUACGCGCGCCAGCGGGCCACUGGGUGGUGCCCGUCUCUUCUGCGGCGGAUGCGUGAGAUAGCCGAACCGUUCAUUCGGACUGCGCAGCUGCUCCGCACGGAUGUGCUGGCGCCCAUCGAGGCUGCCGCAGCUGCAGCCGAAGAACGAGCUUUUUGCGCUUGCAGCGCUCCUGAUACAGCCCCCUCCACCUCCGCCAAAGGAGGCGCCGCGGCGGCGGUGCGGGCUGGCUCUUCUUCCACAGGCAUUGCACCGCAGUGCAUGUCGCGCGUCUUACCGAUUUGCUUUGGUCAGCUCGAUAAUGGCGAGGCCCUCCGCUACUGGCACGUGAGCGAGGUGCUUCCCUCGCUCUCCGGGUCGUGCGCAUCGUCCACGCCGGCAGCAGCAUCGGAGCCGCAGGUGAUCCAGCGCCUGGUGCCUGGGAUCGCCACGGGCAGUGUGUUAGGGUACAUUAGCACCGCUCCGAGGCACGCAUACGGUGCUGACGCGAUUGGCGUUCUUCUCUGCGGACACCCGGCCGCAACCAGCGGCAAUCGCGGUGUCCUCUGGCAGCGCUUGGCGACUGUUGCCCGACUCUCUCUGCUCUUCUGUGGAGUAUUGGCUCCGGCCAUACCCCCGGCCAUCCGGCCGCCCUUGCCUGCAUCCUUUGCCUCUGGUGCCCCCUCCCCCACUCCUGAAAGCAGUAGCUCCUACGCGGCAUCCCUACCCCCGUUGGCCGUACUGCUCAACCACGGCAGUCGCUGGCUCCCUCCCACCCUUCAGCCACCGCAGCAGUUUGGUGCCUAUCAGAGGAAGCGACCCUCUCUCAGCGCUGGAACAGAGGUGGAGUACGCCGAUGUGGCGUGGGUGCGAGAUUCAACGGCUGCCCUUGCCAACGCGGCGGCCAACACCGCUUAUGUCCAAUAUGUGGUGGACCACGUAAACCCCUUCACGGCUUUGAGGACCUCGCGCGCGGCGCUGCAGAGAGAGGUGGCGCGAAGGGAGCUGUACCGGCACGAGCAGCUCGCACAGCUCAGUCAUUACCACCGUGUGCUGAGCACUCAGUGGCCGAUGGAAAUGCCAGCCUCGGCGCGGGAAGAGCAGGUGCGGCUGGAAAUGCGCUUUGAGGAACUGCAACGUGGUCUACAGUCCGCGGCGCCGCCACCAGCAAAGGUGAAUUGCCUCUCCCUCCCAUCCGCGAUUGGUGAACCCGGCAGGAGUGAGCGCGUAGUGGUGUAG